CGAAGUUGUUGGCACGACGGCGAUCUGAAGUCCGAGUUUUAGUGGGAGUCCGUGAACGCCUCGCGACGGGGACUGCGGGAGAGCCGCGGAGAGGGAAGCAGAAAGCGGGCCGGACCCGGAUCCGAUUCAAGGCCGUAUUCUUGGCCAAAAUCCGACAAAAAGGCGGGGGUGGGGGGGGGAGCAAUAUUCAAGUCCCGGCUCGUUGGAGCAGAGAGUCUAUUCUCACCGGCUAGUAGGUGCACCCUUCCCCCGAGCGACCGCGGGCGGGCGGGCCGGCCGGCACUGGUGCCUGUUAGCAUCGUUAGCACGGCGGGGACAUCCAGGCGCAAGGAACCCCCCUCCCCCAAAAAAACAAAAGAAAAAUCCAAAAGAAGACCGCGUUCCUCCCGAGGGCUGUGACGGAGCACACGAGAUGGGGAGGAAAUCCAGCCGAGCAAAGGAGAAGAAAGCGCGGCGCCUGGAGGAGAGGGCGGCCAUGGACGCCGUCUGCGCCAAAGUGGACGCCGCCAAUAAGCUGGACGACCCCCUAGAUUCUUUCCCGGCGUUCAAAAAGUACGACCGGAACGGGUUGAACCUGCAGAUCGAGUGCAAGCGAGUGACGGCCCUCAACCCGUUGUCGGUGGAGUGGGCCUUCGAGCUGACCCGAGCAAACAUGCAGACGCUCUACGAGCAGAGCGAGUGGGGCUGGAAGGAACGCGAGAAGAGGGAGGAGAUGAACGACGAGAGGGCGUGGUACCUGCUGGCCCGCGACGGCGACUCCGCCCCCGUGGCCUUCUCGCACUUCCGCUUCGACGUGGAGUGCGGGGAGGAGGUGCUGUAUUGCUACGAGGUGCAGCUGGAGAGCAGAGUACGGAGGAAAGGGCUGGGCAAAUUCCUCAUCCAGAUUUUGCAGCUCAUCGCGAAUGGGACGCAGAUGAAGAAAGUGAUGCUGACGGUUUUCAAACACAACCACGGCGCCUACCAGUUCUUCAGGGACGCCCUGCAGUUCGAGAUGGACGAGACCUCGCCGAGCGUGUCCGGCUGCUGCGGAGACGACUGCUCGUACGAGAUCCUCAGCCGGCGGACCAGACACGGCGAGGCCUCGGUGGGCCACGGCCACGCCGGCGGCCACUGCGGCGGCUGCUGCCACUGACCGGCGGACGGUCGGAGCCGCCCCCAGUUUGUUGGUUACGGGCCAGGGGACGUCGGGAGGGUUUGGUUCCUGAUCUCCGCGUUACGGAGCGACGUGUUUUUCUGCCGUAAAAGCGGCACCCGGCGUGAGCUUCCGUUUUGUUUGAUCCUUUGUCGUCACCUCCGUCCCGAGCGCUCGUCCCCCUCAUUGUUACUGUAUCGAAGGUUAGAAGAGAAGGUGCGCCCUCGCGAAAUGUGAUUCCUGCCUCGUUGCAGCGACUGUAAAUGUGGUUUUUUUUUUUUUUUUUUUUUUAAGCGUGCGCUCCUUGUGUGUGGGUUGGGGGAAAAAAAAGAAAUUGAAGAGUCGGAGUCUUAUCGACAGAUGCGCUCCAGUCACGGAACUUUGUCGUCAUUCGGGCGUCGAGCCAAAUCCCGGGCUUUGGUUUUGAAGGAGCGACAAACGGUUACGUUUACAAACAAAGCCUACGGGGUACGUGCGUUCGGAGCGCUUGUCACAUUUCAUCGGUAUAACAAUCUACUUUGAAAUUUGAGAGAAUCGUGGUAAUUGCCACCCCCCAAAAAAAAGCUCCUCUUAUGCCCGGAAAUAUUUGUUAGGAAGGAAAAAAAAAAAAAAAAGCCCAAAAAAAAAAACCGCUUUAACCACUUAAUCGGGCCUUCUGGCAGAUGACCGAUCUUAAAAAUGUCACCACAUUGACUUUUAUUUUGGAGGAAGUUACUUAGCCACUAUACUGACCAAGUUGAUUUUUUCCUCUCCUUGUGUAUAUAUAUAUAUAUAUAUAUAUAUAUAUAUAU